CGGGGACGAUUCACGACUCAAUGACAGAGGUUCAAACAAUGUCUUUGUGCCGGUCAGUGACAGUCGAGUAGAACGGGAGCGAACAGUUUGUACAUGGGGCACCUCAAUCUCUCUUUAACUGCCGGGUUGCCUGUGCUUCAGGGGAGUGAGACCCGUGACACGGACGAGAGCUUAAAAUCUUGAGGGGCUGCUGCGAAGGAGAAUACAGUUGAAUCCUUAAGCUUCUCUGCUUUAGUGCUUGCGUUUGCGUUCUGUCCCUCAGAUCUUGCUACGGAUAAGAGCCACGAGUACUCUGUUAUCAAAUAUCCACUCAAUUGACGAUCGCUGAUCACUGAUCGCACCACCACCAUGCUUCGAAGUCAAGCUCUCAGGUCCCUCUGUUGGAAACCUCUCUCAGAGCAGUUAAGAUUUACGCAGAAUCUUCGAGGAUAUGCGUCUCAAUCUGUUGAUGCAAACGAAGCCGACCUCGAUGCAGCGCGCAGAUGGUUUUCGAACUUCAACAAGAAUACGAUUCCAGAAUCAAUCUCACGCACUACUUUCUCUAGAGCAUCUGGAGCAGGGGGGCAGAAAGUGAAUAAGACUAGUUCAAAAGCCACCACGGUCUGGGCCAUUAGCUCCCUUCAGCGCUACGUCCCAAAGGUCCUGAUCUCCGAGCUGCGCUCCUGCAGAUACUAUGUACCAUCAUCUGAUUCAAUCUCUAUUCAAAGUGACACAUCUCGAAGUCAGACUGAUAAUACGGAAGACACCCAUCGCAAACUUAUGGAGGAGAUCAAACAGAUCUACAAGAAGAGUGUUCCUGGUGUAACCUCCCCUGAGCAAAAAGAAAGGGUUGAUCAAUUGAAAAAAUCGGAAAAUUUAGCACGGCUCAAAAUGAAAAAGAGGCAUGGUGAUAAGAAGAAAGCCAGGAGUGGUGGCCGUAGUGCAGACUUUUAGUAUAUGGUUAUUAGGAUUCUUUGUAUCAUGCAUGUAUUAUUCCGUGCCUGUAGCUGUAAGCAAGGUUCAGGGCUUGAAAAACCCCCCAGGGGCCCAACAUAGACCGCCCAUGAUCAUGGGUGCCCCCACACAUGUCUUCCCAUAGGUCUUUGACUCUUC